AUGUCUGUAUUGAGUAUUAGAGUAAACAAAGAAAACCCAGAUGUAAUAGGAAUCACAGAAGUGAAGGCAAAAAACCGUGUUUGUAGUCUAAACACAUCAGAAUUCAGUAUAGAAGGGAACCAAAAUUAUAGCAUUUUUAGUAAAAACGUGGAAAAUGAUCAGGGAAGAGGCAUAUUAAUCCUAGUCAACAAAGAACUGGAUGCGAAUGAAGUAGUAAUGAGUACACAGUUCCAAGAAAAUUUGUUUCUACAAAUACGGACAGAACAAAAUAAAUCUAUUCUUCUAGGUCUAAUAUACAGGUCACCAUCAACGUCUGAUGAAAAUAACUAUGCCUUGCUAGACUUACUUGAAGAAGCAGCUGGUAAAGGGCACGAAAAACUCGUAAUAAUGGGAGAUUUCAACUACCAAGGAAUAAAUUGGGAGACCUGGAACACCAACGGAGAAAACACAGAAACACAUGAAUUUAAAUUCACACAAAAACUUCAGGAUAACUUUCUUUUUCAACAUGUCAAUCAGCCAACUAGAUGGAGAGGGAGGGAUAAUCCACACAUCCUUGAUCUGGUUGUAACAAAAGAUGAAAACUCACUCUCAACAAUAGAAUACCAGAGUGCACGUGGCAAAAGUGAUCACAGCACACUUUUGUUUCAUAUAUUAUGCAAUAUCAACUUAAGUCUGCAACGAAAAAAGAAAUUAUGUUACAAAGUAGCUAACUACACAAUAAUUAAUGAGAAGCUAGGGAAUAAAAACUGGAGAGAGAUAAUAAAACCGACAGAUACUGUUGAUGAGAACUGGCAACGAUUUAAGAAAACCCUGAAGGAAAUAGAAGAGGAAUUUGUUCCAACUAAAAUUAUAACUAUAGGAAGAAACAAUAGACACAGCUUUCCAGCAAAUCAAGAAACACUAGACGCCAUUAGAAAGAAACACUCAUUGUCCAGAAAAGUAACUGGGAGUAAGGAUCAAGAACUACGCAAGGAAUAUAACAGAAUACGGAAUAAAGUAAAAAAAUUAACCCGUAAAGCCAGAAAAGAGUACGAAAUGAAUAUUGCAGCAAAGGCAAAAACCGAUCCGAAAGUAAUUUGGAACUACAUUAAGUCAAAAUCAACAAUUAAAUCUGAUAUCGGAGAUUUAUAUUCAGAUCCAGAGGACAAUAAAUCAGUCAAAAUAACAACAAAGGCAAAGCAAAUAUCCUAUGUAAUAUUUUUAGCAGCGUUUUUGUAA